ACUUUCUGACACAAGCCGAGACCAGACCAGAGAGUUGGUGUCUUUGAUUUGAGAGUUGUGAAAUCGAUCUCUAGUCUUUGAGUUGAUUUAGAGAUCAGCUUUUCAGAACAUAAAAGCCCUGUAGUUGCCUCUUCCGGAGAUCAAUCUCUAUUUGUGAAUUUCAGGUUCGUCGAAUUGUGAUACGGAUGAUACUAGGGUUUCUUAGAAUUGGUUUGUCUCCUUAGUUUAAGAAUGUCUUCAAGGGAGAGGAUAGGUUCAAAGCAUCAUAGCAGAGUGAGCCAAGGCAUGUCAACUAGUGGGUCAUCAUUAUCAAGGCACCAUGAGACCAUCUCUUCGGCUUCGGAUCCGCGUCAUCUUCGAGACCAACGGAUCUCUCUUCCCGAUAUUCUAGAGAACAAGAUUGCAGCUCAAGCUGCUGAGAUAGACCGGCUCUCAAGUGACAACCGGAAACUAGCUUCAAGCUACGUAGCUCUCAAGGAAGACUUAACCGUGGCUGACCGUGAAGUCCAGGGGCUAAGAGCUCACAUCAGAAAGACGGAAACAGACACCGAGAUUCAGAUCCGGGCGACUCUUGAGAAAAUAGCUAAAAUGGAGGGUAUGAUCAAGAACAGAGAGAAUAUAAGGAGGGAGGUGCAAUUAGCUCACAUUGAAGCUCAUCGGUUGGCCAGAGAACGCGAAGAGCUUGCUUCACAGGUGAAGUUGGUGGUAAAGGAGUUGAAGAAGGUUUGUCUUGAGGCAGAGGGUUUAGAGGCGUCGAGCCAAGAGCUUGAGCGGUUGAAAGAGGAGCACCAGAGAUUACGGAAAGAUUUUGAGGAAGAGAAGAGUGGGAACGUAGAGAAACUUGAGCAAUUGAAAGAGAUGGAGAGGAAAAUAAUCGGAGCUGUUAAAACGAUUGAGAAGCUGCGAAGUGAAAUCGCAACCGCAAGGAGCAAAGACGUCUGAGAAUUGAAUGUGUUUUAGAUUUGAGACCAAAGAGGCCGAGGCUGGGGCUCCUCUAUUUAGGAAGGGAUUACAAGAACCACAAUUGUGUUCUCAUCUUUCCUAAUAUAUAUAUAUAUAUAUAUAUAUAUAUAUAUAUAUGAGCUUUCCUUUUUUUCAAAUCAACCUGUUCCUUUCUGAGAAAAUGAGUUAGAGAAGUGUUCAAAUGGUCGAUCACAACA